GAUAAUAAAACGAAAAAGAAGAAAACCCCAUUUCCGCGCCCAACAAAUCAAAAACCCUGCAGUCACACUCAACAGUCUCACCUUCUCCAAAUCACUCCCACACUCGCAAGAUCCCCACUCUCCCCUUCCCACUUCGACCUUCCUCUCUCACCAAUGGAGGAAGAAGACCAGCAAAAAGUUGCAGAUCUGAUCAAAGAGCUCGUCAUCCGCCUCCGCUCCCAAAACCCCAAUUCUGAAUCUCACCCACCGACUCCAAACACCCCGGAAUUCCAGAGCUCGCUUCGCUACGCUUUCCGGUUGAUCUCCAGCCGAUUAAAUCCGUCCGUGGCUCCCGACGCCGCCGCCAUAGCCGAGUCCACCAAGCGCCGCCUCGCCACUCAAGGUAAGUCCUCGCAAGCUCUCACUUUUGCCGACCUUUAUACCAAAUUCGCGUCGAAAACCGGACCGGGGAGUGUAAAUAACAAAUGGGCAGUCGUUUAUUUGCUUAAAAUUAUAUCGGAGGAUCGGAAAAAUGGCAAGACACAGUUGGAUUCUUCGGUUUUGUUGCCGAAUUUGGGGUUUAAUGAUGCCGAAUCGGGGAAGGAAUCGAGGGUUUUGGUGGGUAGGGGAAAUAAGGAAAAGGGUUGGAAUAAUGGGGUUUUGUUGGUUUCUAAAGACCCGGAAAAUCUUCGCGAAAUUGCGUUUAGGGAGUAUGUGAAUUUGAUUAAAGAAGAGAAUGAAGUUUCUGAAGAGGUUUUGGUGAGAGAUGUGUUGUAUGCCUGCCAAGGAAUUGAUGGAAAGUAUGUGAAGUUUGAUAGUAGUGCUGAUGGUUAUGCUUUAUCUGAUCUGAUUAAGGUGCCUAGAGCAACCCGCAUUAUGGUUCGGAAGCUUUGUGAAUUGGGGUGGUUGUUUAGGAAGGUUAAAGGGUAUAUUUCAGAGAGUAUGGAUGGGUUUCCAUCUGAAGACGUUGGAACCGUCGGGCAGGCCUUUUGUGCUGCAUUGCAAGAUGAGCUCUCCGAUUAUUAUAAGUUGUUGGCAGUGCUUGAAGCACAGUCGAUGAAUCCGAUUCCUUUGGUUUCAGAGACAGCGAGCUCAGGGAAUUAUCUUUCGCUGAGGAGGUUGUCUGUUUGGUUUGCCGAGCCAAUGGUGAAAAUGCGGUUGAUGGCUGUUUUGGUUGAUAAAUGUAGGGUCUUAAGAGGUGGGGCAAUGGCUGGGGCUAUUCAUUUGCAUGCCCAGCAUGGUGACCCAUUGGUGCACGAGUUCAUGGGACGUUUACUUCGGAGGGUGUGUUCUCCUCUAUUUGAGAUGGUGAGGAGUUGGGUUUUGGAAGGGGAGUUAGAGGAUGUUUUUGCAGAAUUCUUUGUAGUGGGCCAGCCAGUGAAAGCUGAGUCCCUUUGGAGGGAGGGUUACAUGCUCCAUGCCGGAAUGCUUCCUUCUUUUAUUUCACAAUCUCUUGCUCAACGCAUCCUGAGGACAGGCAAGUCAAUCAAUUUCCUUCGUGUCUGUUGUGAGGAUCGUGGUUGGGCUGAUGCUGCAACAGAAGCUGCAGCUGCUGCUGGUACCACGACAAGAAGAUGGGGUCUUGGAUAUGGUGAAAGUGAUGCUCUUGAGUCUUUGGUGGAUGGAGCAGCAAAGAGAGUUGAUAAGCAUUUGUUGGAUGUUAUUUACAACCAGUAUAAGUUCAAGGAGCACUGUCUUGCAAUAAAGCGGUAUUUACUCCUUGGACAGGGUGACUUUGUUCAGUAUCUAAUGGAUAUUGUUGGGCCUGAGCUCUCUGAACCUGCUAACACUAUAAGCUCUUUUCAGCUAGCUGGAUUGCUUGAAACUGCAAUCCGAGCAUCUAAUGCUCAGUAUGAUGAUCGUGACAUAUUGGAUAGGUUGAAGGUAAAGAUGAUGCCACAUGGAACCGGAGAUAGGGGCUGGGAUGUGUUUUCAUUGGAAUAUGAUGCAAGGGUUCCUUUAGAUACUGUUUUUACAGAGUCUGUGAUGACAAAGUAUUUAAGAAUUUUUAAUUUCUUGUGGAAGCUUCGGCGAGUAGAGCAUGCCCUUAUUGGUAUUUGGAAGACAAUGAAGCCAAAUUGUAUCACCUCUCGUUCAUUUAUGAAGCUUCCCCAUGCAGUUAAGUUGCAGUUACUUUCAACUCUCAGACGAUGCCAGGUUCUUUGGGAUGAAAUGAAUCAUUUUGUCUCAAACUUGCAGUACUAUAUCAUGUUUGAAGUCUUGGAGGUGUCCUGGUCCCAUUUCUUGGACGAAAUGGAGGUGGCCAAGGACCUUGAUGAUCUACUUGCUGCACAUGAAAAGUACCUCCAUUCAAUUGUGGAGAAAUCUCUCCUUGGAGAACGGUCCCAAACCCUUUACAAUUCACUCUUUGCCUUGUUUGAUCUUAUACUGAAAUUCCGAAGUCAUGCAGAUCGAUUGUCUGAAGGGAUUAAUGAGUUGCAAGCAAGAACCAUGGAAUCCUCUUUACCCUCUCGAGACAAGAGUAAAACUAAAAAGCGAUCAAAUGAUAGGUCCUCAGAGCCUGGAUCCUGGAUUAGUGAAGGCAGGAAAGCCCUCACACAACGUGCUGGUGAAUUUCUUCGGAAUAUGGGACAAGAUUUAGACACACUAUCAAAAGAAUAUUCAUCAUUGCUUGAGGAUUUUAUUUCCAAGUUACCCAUGCAACAACAUGUUGAUUUAAAGUUCCUCCUGUUUCGGCUUGACUUCACUGAGUUUUAUAGCCAGUUGCGUCCUAGUACGUAGAAAACAAGCUAGUCCAUACGAGUUGAAGCAAAUGCGAUCGGAAUUCGUGACAUGAUCAAACUAAUUUUUCGUUCAUUAGUCGUCUCUGCUCAUCUGGUUGACAAUCAGCUGCAGCUGGCUGACGGGACCAACCAAAUCACUUUAUUUUGCUGAUUGUUAGAUGAUGUUUGCUUCUUUCUGAUGGCAUGUGUGGAAGAUUUACAGUUGACUUGAAGGUAUAUUGCAUCAGUAGAUCAGGGUGUGGGAUUUGAUUGUGUACACGUAUCGUAGCUGAUAUUUUUCAAGUUUUGUUUUUCGGGUGAGUCUUUUUUGGGAGGUGUCUCAUUAGAGCUUGUAUGUCUGUACUGUAUCAUAGUUCUGGAUUAGAUUGAAUGAUAGAUAACAGGCGCGUACUUUAUGCA